CGCGAACAGUAUCCACGCAACAUCCACCCCAACCUCUCGGCGAUUGACGCGACGAAUCACCCAACAGACGCGACAUAGCUCACAACAUGGCGCCCUUGACGGCGGCUUCAGACGAAAAGACGCAUCAGGCGCUCUUGGAUAAGCUCGACAUCUACGCCGUCCCCAAGCCCUUCCGAAGCCCCAACUGGAAACCACCGCAGCGCCGCAACAAGAACCUCAAGCAGAUUCUCGGCGAAGCUUCACGAAAGGAAGCAUCCGUCAUGGCCACGCAGAACAACAGCGGCAUGUCAACGCCUGCUGUGGGAAACGAAGGCACCACGCCAGCUGGCAACGCAGGUCGACAGCCGAAUAUCGCGCAGGCCGCACAAAGUCUGAGCACGUUGGUACUGGAGAAGAAUGGCAGGGCGGCGGCAGGAGGGAACAUGGCCGGUCCUGCGCCAACCUACACCAACAUCGAGUCGGCGCCCAGCUUCCACCCAAGCAGCCAGAAGAAGUACUGCGACAUUACCGGGCUGCCUGCACCGUACACAGAUCCCAAGACGCGUCUGCGAUACCACAACAAGGAAGUGUUUGGAAGCAUCCGCACCAUGCCACAGAAUGCACCCGAAGGCUACCUUGCAGCAAGAGGCGCGCACACAAUCUUGAAGUGAGGACUGGAUUGGACGGUGCCGUCGUUACUGCGGCUCUAUGCUCCGUGGAACUGCGUACAGUGCAUCAGCCAAGCGCAUCGCACGACUUGCUAGUAAAUGGCGGGCUGGCUAUGGAGAAAGUAGUAUAACAGUGUUCCGCAGGGUUACAUAGGCACUCUCACCAACGGUGCACACCCCCAAGAUUAGUCAGGCUGGCCAUGUUCCGCCCGGGGCCGGAACGGCAUUGGCUGGCCUGCAGAGUAUAUGUAUGAUCAUCAAAGUCAAGCUACUCUCCACCCACCACAUGCCUCUCGGCUUAUGGCUCAAGGAGGUGCUCCGGCUUAACCGUGAUCCAGCAUUCUUCUACGCCCAUCAGACAGGAUACCAGGACCUCGCGCGAGGACUCCUAGUUACAGCAGCUUGGAGCAGGCUGUUGUCAGGGCGGUGUCUACAUAUGAUUGUGGUGUAUUUGUAGCGCGGUAUAGGCAGCGUAAUC